AAAUCAUAAAAAAUUUCAUUUUCUAGGAAAUGAGUUUUAGGCACUAAACACAUUUUGAAAUUUGUUGAAAAAUAAUCACUAAAAUGUUAUAAUUUUUCGAAAAAUUAACCACUGCAGUAACGAGAAAAAGAGAGCAAAUAAUUAGUUUUCACAAGUGAAAACAGAUUACUUUUCAGAAGGUAUUGUUAUUUAUUCCCUAAAAUAAUCCCUGAUGUUAGUUUCUGAAAAGAAUAUUUAGUUUUUUUUGGAAAUACAAAAAUGGGUAUAUCAACAAAAGAAUGAGUGUAAACAACAAUCAUUUACUCCGAAUAAUUGGGCUUACUUGACAUAAAUCGCUAUGGUAGGCCCAUAAUAAUGAAAAUAAAUAAAGGUGUUAAACGGGCCAGGCCCGUUAGAGAGUUGUGUUGCUGUGGCAUUAGCAUCUUCAUCGUCUUCGUAGAGUCCUAGAGCUGAAAGGUGGGGUUCUGUUUCGUCUCUUCUCCUCAUAGACUUGUUAGUUUCGCUGUUUGCAUUGUUUUGUCAUACACAAGGGCUACAACAUGUCAUCUUUACUACGAAAAUCCUUUAGGACUAAGGCCUUGUCUCUGUUUCUGCACAAACACGUCGGAAACUCGUUCGAGUCGCAUCAUACUCUGGCUUCCUCAAGCUGGUUUUGGUGUCGCCAAUCAUCACAUUCCCUUCCACAAAAACCCACUCCUUGCUUCGCUUCAAAUUCGACCCCAAGUUCCAGCUUCUCUAACGCGCUUCUCCAAAUUCGCUUCUGGGUCUCUGAUGCCGCCGCCUCUGAGCCCUCAACCUCUGAUGGGCUCACGGUCCAACAAAUUCUGGCCAAUAAUUGGAACAUUCUGGACGAAAACGAAGGCGAUUGGAAGAGUCAUGCCACCGCUAUAGCUCAAUCUAUUAACUUGAUCAAACGCCGCUUGCAGUGGGAAAAAUUGAAGGUGAGGUUGGACAUGUUAUCAUUCCAGCUGGGUAAGGAGGACCUUUGGGAUGAUCCGGUGCGCGCAGGUAAAAUAAGCCGAGAGCAUGGUUCGCUCCUGGGGAAAAUGAAAGAAGUAAAUGCAUUGGAACAAGAAUUACUUGAGCAUAUUGACAUGAUAAAGCUUGCCCGCGAAGAGAAUGAUGCGGAUUUGGAAUCGGAAUCAUUGAAAGUGUUGGUUAACAUGAGAAGAGAUGCAAAAGGGAAAGAGCUAGAGGCGUUGCUUGCAGGGGAGCAAGAUUCUUGUUCUUGUUACAUUGAGGUUCAAGCUGGGGGGGGUACGGAGAGCAUGGACUGGGCAUCAAUGGUCAUGCAAAUGUAUAAGUCAUGGGCACAGCGGCGUGGAUAUAAAGUAACUCUAAUGGAUGAAAUGCCUGGUGAGAUUGCAGGAAUCAAGCGGGCUACCAUUAAAGUAGAUGGUGAGUUUGCAUUUGGAUAUGCCAAAGCAGAAAUAGGAGUGCACAGGCUGGUGCGCAUAUCACCUUUUGACAGCAAUAAGCGACGACAUACUUCAUUUGCUGCUGUGGCAGUGAUUCCAAUCCUAGGUGAUGGAUCUACCCAUGUGCAGAUUAAUGAAUCUGAUCUUCGAAUUGAAAGGUUUCGGGCUGGUGGUGCUGGUGGCCAGCAUGUUAACACAACUGAGAGUGCUGUAAGAAUAGUUCAUAUUCCCACAGGAGUUACUGCAACUUGUCAGAAUGAAAGAUCGCAGCAUCAGAAUAAAGCUUCAGCCAUGGCUGUGCUUCAGUCAAGGUUAGACCAACUAGAGAUGGCACGCCAGGCACAAUUGAAUGCACAACAUACGCAGUCUCUCACUGACAUAACGUGGGGCAGUCAGAUUCGUAGUUAUGUUCUCCAUCCUUACCGUAUGGUGAAAGAUCUUAGAACUAACUAUGAGGUUUCAGAUCCUGACUCUGUCCUUGAGGGCGAUCUAGACGGAUUCAUCUUGAGCUAUCUAUCAUCUUCUUUGGAUAAAAAUAAUGAUGCUUAAAUCAAUCAAAUUCUCAGCUAUGGCAGCAUUUUCAUACUCAGUGCCGAAAUGGGUGCAUGCUUGUGCAUUUUCAGAGUCUGAGGUUAAGUCCUCUGUCCUUUCGGUGACUGUUGUUCCUCAUCAAGGUUUAUCUCAGAAUGUAAGGAAGCAUAUUUGGCUUCCUAUGGUAUACUUGCCGUGACAAAUGCAUAUCACUGAAUUAUGAAUUUGGAAGUAUGAAGCUAAAAGCAUGAUAUUAUUUGGCUUGAGAGUCGGAAUAACUUCCCAAUGACCUUUGAUGCAGUAACCAUUAUUAUUGUACUUUUUAAGAUUCAUUUAUUUACACAUGACACUAGCAGAAGGUACGUGAGAUUUGCAUUCUUUU